UAAAUAAAUGUAGGUAACAUUCAAUUCAAUUAUUCAAUAAAGUCACAAACCCACACAAAUCAACCCAAGCCUUAUAACCAAAAAAACAAGAGGUGUGUGUUACUAUUCCUAUCACACACAUUUUUUUUCUUUCUCAAAAUGGGUUGCAAAAUUGCAACAAUCUUCUCUACCUUGAUUUUCCUAGUCCUUAUGUUUGGUCUUGUAACCUCAGAUAUUAACCAAGACAAAGAAGAAUGUACCCAAAAACUCAUUGCUUUGGCUAAUUGUCUUCCUUUUGUGAGUGGUGAAGCCAAAACACCACCUAUAGAUUGUUGCACUGGGGUCAAAGAAGUUGUUGAUAAGAGUAAGAGAUGUUUAUGUAUCCUUGUUAAGGAUCAUGAUGACCCUAGUCUUGGUUUUACUAUUAAUGUUACACUUGCACUUCAAUUACCAAAUGAUUGUAAGGCACCAACUAACUUAACUCAAUGUAUUGAUAUCUUGCAUUUGGCACCUAAAUCUAAAGCUGCUAAGAUAUUUGAGGACUUCCAAAAAACCAUGGAGAAAAAUAGUACUACCACCCCUAUUACUCCUGCAGUUAGUAAUGCCACUGGAAAGGGAACAAACUCAACAGGUGAAGACAAGAGCGGUGGUGGAAGUUUGGGAAAGAGGUGGCUGGUGGCAGAGAUUCUCUGUGGAAUUUUACCAUUUGUUUUAGUCUCCUACAUCUUCAUAGUUUGAACUAUAUAUGAUUAAUCAAUUAACUAAGAGUUGAACAUUUUAAUAAGAGGAUAUAUUUUCAUAUAUCCAUGAAUUUUAUUAUUCCCUAUAUUAGUCUCCUACAUCUUCAAUUAAUUAGAUUAGAUAGAAGAUAUUUUAAAAUU